CGUGCCGCACAGUCACCGCGCAGCCCCUCGGUGCUCGUGUCCCCGUCCCUUGUGAGGGUUGCCGGUGCCCCCCGGCCCGGCCGUGCGCUGCCGCCGCCGCUCCCCCGCGGGAUGCGGGCUCGGCCCGCCCCGCCAGCCCUGCCCCCCGCGCCGGCCGCAGCAUGAGCGCGGCGAGCGACACGUACAUCCUCAUAAAAGACAUAAAACCCGGACUGAAAAACUUAAAUGUCAUCUUUAUUGUGCUGGAGAUCGGGCGAGUCACCAAGACGAAGGACGGGCACGAGGUGAGGUCCUGCAAAGUGGCGGACAAGACGGGCAGCAUCACCAUCUCCGUGUGGGACGAGAUCGGCGGCCUCAUCCAGCCGGGGGACAUCAUCCGCCUGACCAAAGGGUACGCAUCUCUGUGGAAAGGAUGCCUGACACUUUACACAGGACGAGGAGGCGAGCUGCAUAAAAUUGGGGAGUUCUGCAUGGUAUACUCAGAAGUGCCAAACUUCAGUGAGCCCAACUCAGAACACGUCGGGCAGAACAAACUGGCACAGGGUGAACAGAAUAAUAGUUCUGCAUCAAGUAAUAUGGGUUCUUGUACUUUCGGGCCACUGGGAAAUGGUUUACAAACUGGACCUGAAUCAAGUGGAUUUCCAUUUACGUAUAAUCACGGCCACACUUAUGCAGGUAGUGGGAGAGGCAAUGGACGAGGACCUGUAAAUCCAGCACCAGCUAAUAGCGUUCAGCCUCUUCCCCCUGCUGUCAGUAAUGGGAGGGACCCACGCAGAGCCUUUAAAAGAUGACUAUGCCAAAUGUGGUUGUACAGCUUGCUUAAACUCUACACUCUACUUGAACACUUAUUGCACUUUUAUUUAUGGUUAACUGUGAACCAGUUUGUCCUUUAUUGUUGUUUUUUUACCUUUUGGUCUAUGGAGCAAACUUGAUGUGAUCUAUUUCUUGUUUUGCUUAGGGAAGCACAGUGAGUCUUCCCCAUACAUUAAGGGGGUAGGGGGAGAAGGUGCAUAUAAGAAAGUAAGGGUAACAGGUUGAAGAGUCUCAAUUAAAACUCGGUGCCCUUUGCUAAAUGGAAGAAAAUUUCAGUUACAUGUAUGUAUUUUUCUGUUGGUCAGCCAUAUAGCCUUAAAAGGUCUAUUAUGUCCUGUGCGCGCAUACGUUUACUUCCAUUCGGGUUAAUGGGAGUUCUUCGUAUUGGAAGAGAAAUGAAGAGGAAGAGCAGAGAUGCUCUAGUGAACUAGGUGUCCUUGGAAUGAAUAUAGCUUGUAAAAGCAAUAAGUAUAAGGAAAUGGUAGUGCCAGCACCUAGUGGUGUCUACUGAAUCAGAGAAUGGGUAGCUCAGAUGAAAGUUGAAGACAUGGCGAGUGUCUUGAAGCUUGACUUCUGGUUCCAAAAAGGUGUACACUACUUAACAAUUCUCCAUAAACACCAUUAUCACUGUCAAGGAAAGUGGUACUAAUUUUUGCUUUGGAUAGAAGCUUGGAUAUUCAUUCUUGCUUUGCAUGAAAUAGCAGGAGAGGAGGAUCUAAAUUUAGACAGUAUUGGGGAAUACGCUGUUUGUAGCUACUCCUUGUGUAAAAGUCCAAGGUUACUUUGCAGGAGUCUGAACUUCCAGGAAAGAACUGUUUUGAAAUGCUGCAUUACCGAUCUCUUCAAUGAGGCUGCAUACUUCUCCUUCCUUCAUUCACUUUUCCAAACGAAUUAUGUAUUAGAUGAAGCUGUAUGUGUGGAUUGCAGAGGUACUGGCCAAGCACACAGCUGCACUUCUGAUGCUGUUAAGCUGCUAAGCUUUCCUUCCUGUGUUUUAUAUGAAAUACGAAUUAUCCCUUAAAGAACUUAACCCCACCACCACCAUCUCUUGGGGGAAAAUAGCUGUGGUUUUAUUUCUGAGAUCACAAAUGCCUUGACUCUAGGUAAGAGUCCAGUGCCAUAUUUCAGAUCAGGUUCAAAAACAACUUGGAAGCUGAGGUGUCAUACUGGAUUCAUCUGUUUAACUCUUCUUAUAGCUGACCUCUCAAAUAAAAAAUUGCACUAACCA